AGCUCAUCUGUCUGCUACCUAGUACAAUUGACCUUUUGGAUGAUUAAUAGUGACUAAUGGUUAGGUUGUGCACACUCUUCCAACGACGGCCACAUAUGAGCAAUUAGGAUAGCCUCCUAUAUGCAGCGGGCGGCAGGUGGCAGCCACUUUUCGCCAGCAAAGGACUUGCCUCUUUUCAUUGUCUGGCUUUCAAAUUAUAUGUCUGCCUUUUAUUUUCAACUUGAAGCCAUCGGUUUUAUUUGAUAUAUUUGUACAAAGCUUGAGAAAUGACCGAUAUACACAACCCUCCACGAACAAGAAGCGUCUCUUCAAAAAAUCAGACCUCCGAAAAGGAGUUUGAUGCUAUGACAGACGACUCCAUGCGCAGCUCGGAGACACAAUCGGCCCACGACUCGGAAAAAGCUGAGGCCAUCCGGAGGGCAUGCGAUUUCCGCGACAUAGAUGCCUUGGUCUCCCACGCUACAUCUGAAGGUGGCUUGCUUAAGGAUGAGCUCAGACGAUUAGCCUGGCCCAUCCUGCUCCAGUACGACGAGAGCACGCAGAGCAUACUUUCGCCCGACUCUGACCUAUCGCCCCAUCGCGAUGAAGAACAAGUUCGACUGGACGUGAAUCGCUCCUUUGUAUAUUAUCCCGAGUGUUCUGAUGAUGUAUUAUCGUCAAAAAAGAACGAGCUUUCACGAGUGAUCAAGCGAGUUCUGCGGAACUACCCUAUGCUUUCCUAUUUUCAAGGCUACCAUGAUAUUGUGCAAGUCUUGCUAUUAGUCCUCGGUGAAGAUGAAUCCGCUCCAGCUGUGGCUCGCCUAUCCAUGCUACGGAUUAGGGACUACAUGCUGCCGUCGCUUUCGCCGGCAGUCAAGCACCUGCAGCUCAUCCCAGCCAUAAUCCAAAAAGCCGACAAGGCCCUCCACCAGCGACUCUCAGGUAUUCGACCUUUCUUUGCACUCUCCGCAACCCUCACAUUGUAUGCCCACGAUAUCCAGGAAUAUAGUGAUAUUGCGCGACUCUUUGACUUCUUCCUAGCCUGGGAGCCGGUUGUCUCGAUAUAUCUCUUUGCUGCUAUUGUUCUUUCACGUAGGAAGGAGUUACUCGAAAUUCCAGAGGACGAACCGGAAAUGUUACACUAUACUCUUUCAAAGCUGCCGCAACCUCUUGACCUGGAAGGUCUCAUAUCUCGAGCGGUGCAGCUUUUCCACGACUACCCACCCGAAUCCUUACCAUCAGGCGCCUGGAGAGGGAUUCCUUGGUGCAGUGUCCUGAAAACGACCCGAGAUGGCUCCAGGACACUGUCUACGGGCGCAGCCGUCCAACUAUUUCAUAAGCAGACAGAACAUCUUCGGAGUGAAGAGAGAAGGGAGAAAUUUAUCGGAUUUUUGUGGAGCCACAGACGAACCAUCGGCUCCGUGGCUGUCGCUGUCUUCGUCGGCGCCAUGUCUGUCUGGUUAAGGAAAAAGGGACUCGACAACAGUAUCCUGUCAUACUUCGAUCGGUUUAGGAUGGCUUUCCAGGGUCAUCUCCAAUCCGUGUUUGAUUAAUGACGAAAUGAGACAAAGAAAAAAGUGUAUAGACUAUAUGUACCUUACUAGUUAUGUACCGUAGAAUAAGCAGGCACUUAUCUCUAUCGUCCGACGGCGUGUUCGGCGCCUUAUGGCCGGGCAUGAUGACUCUAAAUAAGUUUUACUAAGUGGCAUCAGG